AGUUGGGGCCUCCCUAGCCUUCCGUUCCCCCCCCCCCCAGCAAUUCCAUGACAACCACCGCAGCUUCCUCUAUGUACCCUGAGGAGGAAGCUCGUCGGACUCCUUUCCCUCUGACCCCACCUGUUCUCGGGGAUGACUUCUACCCCUUUGGGGGUGAACGCCGGCAGUCUUUUGUGGGCGAUGUGGUUGCUGGGGACGCCAAUCCCGAAGAUGGGGAUUUGAAGGUUUUGCUUCAGAGGAAGGAGCAGGAUCUCCUGCUGGCUGCUGAAUUGGGGAAGAUGCUACUGGAACGAAAUGAGGAACUGAGUCGGCGCUACGAGGAGUUGGUCCAGGAGCACACAGAGGCCAUGGAGCGCCUUGAACAAGAGAAACACGAACUCCGCCGGCGUCUUGAAUCAGGCCAGGCCGAGUUUGAGACUCGCGUGACAGAACUGGAGACUGACCUGGCAGCAGCCCGAGCCCAGCUGGGACAGCAGCGUUUGGAGCAGCAAGACACCAGCCGCGAGAGCUCACAGGCUGUCCUGGACAUGUCGGAACAGAACCAGCGCCUGGUGGAGCAGCUCAGCCAGGUCUCCCAAGUGGAGCAUCAGCUGCGGGAAGAACUGAGCCUACUGAGAGGGGAGCACCGGACCCUGGCCCUGAGCAGUGCUGAACACACUGCCCGAAUACAAAGCCUGCAAGCUGAGAACCUUCUGCUACAGGAGUGGAAGCAAGAUCUGGAGAAGCAGGCCCGUCAGCUUCGGGGGGAGAACGAAUCCAUCCAGGCCGUGAUGGACACCUUACACGACAACCUCCUUCUGUUGCGCAGAGAGAGUCACAAGAAGGAACUGCAGAUGAAGCUGCUUGAAACGGAAGCAGAAGAGUUGCGAGCUUCCAACCGCCAUCUUCAGCAUCAGGUCAAGGAGAUGAAGGAAGAGAUCCGGCUGCAUGACUCAGAUACUUCCAUCACUUCCAUCCAGUCAGAAAUUGAAAACAGCUUAGAGGAUGCUCCGGGAGCGCCUGGGCAGACCCCCAAGCUGAUGGUCAGUGGCGUGGCUAAGACCAGCCCUGCUGCCGUGGCUACAAAGAAUCUCUCCCGGAGAUUGGAGGAGGAGGAGGCUGAAUAUGCCAAAAGAGUGUUAGCUCUGAGUCACCAGGAACAAGAUAUACUGAAACAGAAGGAAAUGGAGAUCAUGAAACUCCAGGAUCAGGUCACUUUGCAGUAUGUGGAACUUUGCGGUUUAAAGUCAGAGAUAGAGAACCAGAGGCGUCUGUAUCAAGAGAGCAAUCGGGAUGAGGCCUUGAAGUUAGCCAUAUCCGAUCGGGAUGAGGCAAUAAUUAAGAAAGGCGAGAUGGAACUGGAGCUGGCAAAAGUCUCGCUGGAACGGGAUUCCAUGAGCCAGCAACUAUUGCGCGUCAUCCGGCAGAAGAUGGCUCUUUCUCAGGAACUGGAAGCUUGGCAGGACGAUAUUCAAUACAUCAUCCAUCAGCAACUGCUCCAGAAGCAGCAGGAACGGACUUGCACCAUCCCUCCAUCACCUAAGAGUCCAGCACAAGGCAAAAACACUCCUUUCUUUCGACGUGGCACCAGCUUUCCCAACGGCACCAGCUUCUUCUCACUCUUCCGAAAAAGCUGAAGGGGCUGGAGAUGAUGGGGAGCUCCUGAGAUGGCUGGAAAAGGAAAGGAGGUGGAGGGAAAUAGACAAUGCCAGUCACAAAUGAAGGAGAAGGCCGAACAGCUGCCAACAAGACAUGUCUGGGGCAGAAAGGGCUCUAGUGCCUAUUAGUGGCUCAUCAGUUUAAUUGUAGGCCAAAAGACUUUGUAUUCUUCCUCUAGUUCAAUCAUAAGAGCACCGAUACCAUUUCUCCAUCUGUGAGGCU